AUGAUUCAUCAAGAAAAUGAAAGUAGCACAUCAAGUGAGACUGAUUCAGAUGGUGGUGGGGAUGAUUCUGAUCAAACUGGUGACGAAAAUCAUCCACAAGCUGUAAGGACUUGUAAUAGUGCUCUUUCGUUUCCAGUUUGAUAGUUAAAUUGUUUGUUUUGCUUGAAGUAUUCUCCUCCAUUUGCAGAUUGUACAAAUUCAGAGCCCUAAAACCCCUGAAGCUAUCAGUCAACCCACAACUGCACCUGUUUCUAAUGUAAAUGGUGGUCAAUUUCAAGAAGAUGCUCAAAUUGUGAAUCAACAGUCAGAACAGGGUGAUACAAAUCAGCUACCAUUGCAAGAGAGUGAAGCACAGCCACAGGUGGUUGGUGUAAAUCCUGUUUUGGGAAUGGAAUUAGGUGCAGUGAUUGUCCUUGAUGAUGAAAAUGUACAAGACAUGGUAUUGGUGACGACAGUUCAAACCACACCAGCGAUUAUGGAGGAAGUUUAA